ACCAAAAACACUCUCAUCUCUUCAAAUGGCGAUCAAGGCGGCAGUAGCAGCAGCUCUCCUGAUGGCCCUAGUGGCCGUGGCCAGCGCCACCACCUACACCACCACUGUCACGACCACGUCCUAUGACGAGAGGGGCAGCCGGAAGUACCAGCAGUGCAGCCAGAAGGUGCAGGGCCGAGAGUUCCGGUCGUGCCAGAGCUUCCUGAAGCAGAGGAGCUACCUCGAGAUGGACUCCGGCAGAAGCAAGCAGGAGUACGUCGAGGAGUGCUGCGAGCAGCUCAGGGACAUGGACCGAUACCAAUGCGGCUGCGAAGCCAUCAAGCACGCCGUCCAGAAGGCGCAGCAGGGAGGCUCCUCCUACCAGACCGGCCAGAGCGAGAAGAUCUACGAGAGGGCGCGCGCUCUGCCCCGCCUUUGCAGAUUGAGCGAGCAGCAAUGCAGCUUCAACCUUGUCUUUGUCUGAACUAUGGGAGGCCUAUCGGCCUUGCCUUUGUCCUGACUCUGUCUCCAA